AUGGAUGAAGUGAAGGCUAGAAGUUUUUGGCUUUCUUCGGAAGUUGGUUAUUCCUUCACCAAUUCUUCGGGAAGAUCAGGAGGUUUAUUAACUUUAUGGAAUCCGAUUAAUGUGGAGGUCUUGAGUAGUUUUAAAGGGGAAGUUUUUUUGGGAAUAAAAGUUUGUUGGAAGGAUAAUCUCUCCUACAUUGUUAAUAUUUAUUUGUCUUAUGUGUUGAGCAAGAAGAAAUGUUUGUGGAACGACUUGUUAGCUUUGAAGGAGUCUUUCAAAGAUGGAGAAUGGAUCAAGGGAGGGGGUUUUAAUUCUAUUAAAAAUAGUAGUGAAAGGAAAGGAAGGGAUUUGUCGAUGAACCAUAAAGAAGAGGAGCUUUUUUCGGAGUUUAUUGAUAAAACGUUAUUGGUGGACAAUCCGUGCAAAGGAAAAAAGUUCUCUUGGUUUGGUGGGGAUGGUAAGGCUAUGAGUAGAAUAGAUUUAUUUCUCUUAUCUAGUAAUAUUGUGAAUAGAUGGGAAGUGAUCGGUCAAUUUAUCGGGGAUAGAGACAUUUCGGAUCAUUGUCCAAUUUGGAUAAUGACGGACCAUUUGAAUUGGGGACCUAAGUUGUUUAGAUUCAAUAAUGAAUGGUUUUCUUUUGACUCUUUCAUUCCUUUUGUAGAGAAAGAGUGGAAAAGUAUGAAGAUGGAAGGAAGAGGUAAUUUUCUUCUAAAAGAAAAGCUUAGGUUUCUUAAAGAUAAACUUAGAAGUUGGAACAAGGGGGUGUUUGGGAAAAUUGAUUUGGAAAUGGAGGAAGGUGUUCUUGAAUUGAAUAUUGCCGAUGAAAGGUUAGUCUCCGAAUCUAAUUCUUUUAUUGCCGAUAAUCUUGUAUUGAGGAAAGAAGCUUGUAGUAAGUUUUGGAGGAAUUUGAGGAUAAAGGAAAGUAUGUUAUUGCAAAAAUCUAGAUUGGGAUGGUUGAAGGAGGGAGAUUCUAAUAGUGGUUUUUUUCACAAGGUGAUGAAAAAAAGAAGAAGACAUAAUCAUUUAGGUCCUGUACUUACCCUGGGAGGUUUGGUGGAAUCGCUAGUGGAUGUCAAAGAGGCUGUUUAUUCUCAUUUUGGUAAUAACUUCAUUGAAUCGGAAGAGGUUAGACCCUUGUUAGCUGGAAUUUAUUUUAAUUCCAUAAGUGGGGAGGAGGCGAUGGAGAUUGAGAAACCUUUUUUAGAAAAUGAGAUUAUAGAGGCGGUUUGGAAUUGUAGAGGGGAUAAAAGUCCAGUUGUUUCCAAUCAUGCUCCUGGGUACAAAUACAAUGCAAGAUGUGCUUAUCAAUCGAACAGUCCUGGCCAUGAUACCGAAGAUUGUGGACCAUUGACGCAUAAUAUUCAAGACUUAAUCGAUGACAAGAUCACUUAUUUCAAUUCCCUUGAGGAACCUCAUAUGACUGAUGUUGCACAUAACCAUAACUGCAACCAAUUUGUGAGGGCAGUUCUGAUCUCUAAACCAGCUCCACAACAAUGA